AUGGGUGACGUCGUGUGCGACGAUCUCCGACUGCUGGACUUCUUUGCCUUCCUCGAUCCGGAAGACAUUUCUCUGGAACUGCUGCGGCAUGCGGUGGACCCAUUGACGGCGAAGAAUGGGGUCGCAGAAAAGGACUGGGAAAGGUUCGUGUCACUGGAGAGGCCUUUGACAGACGUGCUCAAUGAGGCGCUAAAGGCGUUGUUGACGUACUCGCUGAUCCAGUGGAAGGAAGAGCAGGCGGGAUACUCAAUGCAUAAACUAGUGCAUGCCUGGGGCUUCGGUUGGCUGGAGGCUGAAGAGCAGAGACGGCACAGCCAGAGCAGCCUCGCCCUUUCGGAGGUGGUGAUACAGGAUGAUCAGCUGAAUCCGAUGAGAAAAAGCCGGAUCACGCCGCACAUUUCGUCCAGUGUGGCGCGGCUACGGGAGUGGCAUAAGGGAUGA